CAGCCUGCCCCAGCCUGCCGCAGCCGCCACCACCACCACCGUGGGCCCCCGGAGCCCCAGCCCCAGAGCCCAAGAUCCUGGGGCCUGCCCUCUCCCCCUCCAGGCCAUGACGAUUCUGCGGUUAAUCACACUUGUUCUGGUGACAGGGCACGCAGGGGGAGAGACCAGGAUCAUCCAGGGGCACGAGUGUCCCCCUCAUUCUCAGCCCUGGCAAGCGGCUCUCUUCCAGAACACGCGGCUGCUGUGCGGAGCGACCCUCAUCGCCCGAAAAUGGGUCCUGACUGCUGCCCACUGCCGCAAGCCCCAGUACACCGUUCACCUGGGGGAUCACAACCUCCACCAGCGGGACCGCCACACGCAGAUCCGCCAGGCCACGGAGUCCUUCCCCCACCCAGACUUCAACAACAGCAUCCCCAACAAAGACCACCGCAACGACAUCAUGCUGGUGAAGAUGGAGGCACCGGCCUUCAUCACCUGGGCCGUGCGGCCCCUCACCCUGUCGUCUCGCUGCGUCUCUCCGGGCACCAGCUGCCUCAUUUCUGGCUGGGGAAGCACAUCCAGCCCCCAGUUGCACCUGCCCCACACCUUGCGAUGUGCCAACAUCACCAUCAUCGACCACGAGGAGUGUGAGGACGCCUACCCGGGCAACAUCACGAACACCAUGGUGUGCGCAAGCGUCCGGCAGUCCGGCAAGGACUCCUGCCAGGGUGACUCCGGAGGUCCUCUAGUGUGUAACGGAUCUCUUCAAGGCAUCAUCUCCUGGGGCCAGGACCCAUGCGCCAUCACCAGAAAGCCUGGUGUCUACACCAAGGUGUGCAAAUACGUGAACUGGAUCAAGGAGACGAUGAAGAACAAUUAAGCCGGGACCAGCUCACCGUCCUCACCAGCACCCCAUGCUGCCGUGAUGAUGUGGUUCCCAUUCAUUCUGAUCAUCCUGGAGCCCAAGCCACGACCGACCCCUUUACACACUUUCUUUGGGCUUCCUUGACUAGGGAGAUGCUGCCGCUUUAAUAAGCAACUCGGGUUUGGAAUCGGUGAGACCUGAGUUCACGUUCAGCCUUGUAGUAACCUGUGACUCUGAGAGUGAACACCCAUCACUACCUGUUUGGUUCCCUGUUGUAGCCCCAGCCCCAGUGACAGU